AUGCUCGAAGACAGGCUGGCCACUGUACGCCAGAUUUAUGCGCCAAAAGUCAAGGGAAAAAGGACAAGAAACGAUAGUGCGGCGGGACCGAGCGGCACGAUGCUACCACCAGCCCAUCCAGGCAACACCAGGAUGGCAGCCUACCGUGUCCCAUCGGCCGUUUCCGUCUUUUCCCAAGUCCCAAAAUCCAUGGCCGGCCGAUCGCCAAGGCAAGAAUUGUUGACUGAUGCGAGGGAACAGCUUUUAAAUGCUAAAAAGAAUUGCGCAAAACUCGUCCAAGAAAAUACGAUUUUGAAAACGAGACUAUUGAAGCUCUCGACACAUUCUGGAAAGAGGGAACAACAUCUACAGAAAUUAUUGCAUCGGGGGCAGUUCGAGCCAGCCGAAUCGUACGACACAAAUGAAGCAUUGACAAUGGUUGAUAUGGGAAGGAGGCUCGUCAAAUCUGAAGCACUAAUAAAACAACAGAAAGCGGUCAUUGAGUCCUUCGACGAACUAAUGACGCACCACGAGAGACUUUAUGGAAAAUAUAAAUCGCUCAAAAAAGAAAAUAAGUACCUGAAGGAGAGAAUAGCACGGCUGGAAGCCAUCGAUAAAGCCGACCCAGAACUGGGUGAAUGGUCACGCGAAGAUUUAUUAAAACUCGUAAAGAAACUGGAGACCCAGGCGUUGAAAGCACCGAUUAGGGCGGCUGUGGCUACGUUGGAGGAACAAACACGAGUCGGAAAAUUGCUCGGCGAGUUGUCGACAAUUUCGAAGAAUUUGGAGGAUUCCCAGCAAGAAAACGACAAUUUGAAAACGGAGGUGGACACGCUGGUGAGGGAAUUGGAACAGGCUAGGAUGGUACAAAAGGAUGCAAGACCAUUUGGCGUGCCUCCCCUGGAUAUGAAAUCGAUUGGAGGAGAAUCGGACAGCCAGGCAGAGGUUGAAGCGGAAAUGCCAAAUAUUGAAGACUUUGCAGAAGAAGACCGAAUGGAUUUGAUGUCGAGUGAGAUCUAUGAACAAGUGAUGGUACACGCUGCCAGGUUGAGAAUUGCAAAACAAUUAGGUCUGAAUGAU